GGAGACGGGAGGGGGCGAGCGGUGGUGGGCGGAGCCGGCCGGAGCUGAGCGCUGAUAGGCGGAGCCGAGGGGGCGAGGAGUGGAGCCGAAGGGCAGUGGGCGGGGCCAAGCCGAGGGGCGACGGGAAGAGCCGAGCGGCGAUUGGCGGAGCCCGAACGGAGCCGAGCGGAGCCGAAGGAACCCGAACGGAGCCGAGCAGCGAUGGACUGCGCCGAGCGAGCCCGAAGGGAGCCGAAAGAACCCGAACGGAGCCGAGCGGCUGCAGGGGACGGGGUCGGGUCCCCGGGGGGGUGGGAGAGGCUCCCCCCCGGAGGGGGCGGGGGGGGGGGAAAAACCCCUGGAUUUGCACUUGGGACCCCCAAAGUGGGGACACGGGGGGGGACCCCCGUGGAGCUGGGGGGGCGGGGGUACAGCAGGGUUGGGGGGCAGCCCCCCCCAGGAGAUGAGGACCCCAAGAGACUCGGGAUAGGCCCCCCCCCGGGGGGGGGGGGGGGGGGGGCGGGGGCAGACGUGGGACACCCCCCCCAAAAUGGGGAUCAGGACCCCCAGGGAGCACAGGAUGAGCACCAGGAGCAGCAGCACCCCUCCGGGGACAGGACGGGGACGAGGUGCCAGCACCCCGGGGGGGGGGGGGGGGGGGGGGGGGGCCGGGCCCCCCCCGGCUCGUCCCAGCUGCUGUCCGUGGCCGGCCGGCGGCCAGGGUGUAGCGUUACCUCCGACCUUCCCCGGGGCCACCGGCGUGCCACCCCCCCGGGGCCACCAUGGAGGAGAAAUCGGCCAAAAUCCCAGCCACUGUACCCCAAUUCACCAACUGCCCCACCAUGGUGAUCAUGGUGGGGCUGCCGGCCCGCGGCAAGACCUACAUCUCCCGCAAGCUCACCCGCUACCUCAACUGGAUCGGCACCCCGACACGGGUGUUUAAUGUGGGGCAGUACCGGCGCGAGGCGGUGCAGAGCUACAAGAGCUACGAGUUCUUCCGCCACGACAACGAGGAGGCCAUGCACAUCCGCAGGCAGUGCGCGCUGGCUGCCCUCCAGGACGUCCGCGCCUACCUGAGCUCCGAAGAGGGGCAGGUGGCGGUUUUUGAUGCCACCAACACCACGCGGGAGCGCCGAGCCCUCAUCCUGCAGUUCGCGAGAGAGAACGGCUACAAGGUCCUGUUCGUCGAGUCCAUUUGCGACGACCCUGCCAUCAUCGAGGAGAACAUCAAGCAAGUGAAGCUGAGCAGCCCCGACUACAAGGGCUGCGCCCCCGAGGAGGUGGUGGCCGACUUCCUGCAGCGCAUCGAGUGCUACAAGGCCACCUACGAGCCGCUGGACGAGCAGCUGGACAGCGGGCUGUCUUACAUCAAGAUCUUCGACGUGGGCGUGCGGUACCUGGCGAACCGGGUGCAGGGCCACGUGCAGAGCCGCACGGUGUACUACCUGAUGAACACGCACGUCACGCCGCGCGCCAUCUACCUGAGCCGCCACGGCGAGAGCCAGCUCAACCUGCGGGGCCGCAUCGGCGGCGACGCCGGGCUCUCCCCCCGCGGGCGCCAGUACGCCCAGGCCCUGGCCGAGUUCAUCCGGAGCCAGAGCAUCCGGGAGCUGAAGGUGUGGACCAGCCACAUGAAGCGCACCAUCGAGACGGCCGAGGCGCUGGGGGUGCCCUACGAGCAGUGGAAGGCGCUCAACGAGAUCGACGCGGGGGUCUGCGAGGAGAUGACCUACGAGGAGAUCCAGGAGCGCUACCCCGAGGAGUUCGCCCUGCGCGACCAGGACAAGUACCGCUACCGCUACCCGAAAGGCGAGUCCUACGAGGACCUGGUGCAGCGCCUGGAGCCGGUCAUCAUGGAGCUGGAGCGGCAGGAGAACGUGCUGGUCAUCUGCCACCAAGCCGUCAUGCGCUGCCUGCUGGCCUAUUUCCUGGACAAAAGCGCCGAGGAGCUGCCCUACCUCCGGUGCCCCCUGCACACCGUGCUCAAGCUGACCCCUGUGGCUUACGGGUGCGAAGUGGAAUCCAUCUUCCUCAACGUGGAGGCGGUCAACACCCACCGCGAGAAACCCCAGGUGAGGGAGGGGAGAAUUUGGGGGAUUAAUUACUGCCCCCCCGCAGCGAGGGGGAUGCAGGGCUUGUUAACAGCCCCCCCCCCCCCCACAGUGGGGACACGUUUUGGGAUUAAAAAGUCAGAUUUUGGGGUGAGCAGAGGUCCCCCCCCCCCCCAAACACAAAACCCCUUGUGCCACAGAACGUCGACGUCAGCCGCCCCCCGGCCGAAGCCCUGAUCACCGUCCCCGAGCACUACUGAGCCGCCCCCCCCCCCCCCAAUUAAAGCUUGCCUUAACGAAGAACCGAGCCUGGCGUGUAUUGGGGGGGCCGCUGCACCCCCAAAAUACGCUUUUAUUUAA